UGGUAAGAGGCAUUAAUGGAUAUUUUAAAUAUUUUUUUAUUAGAAAACUUGUUUCCAUUACAAGAAGAAGAACGAGGCGGAGGAGGGGUGCCAGCACCUGUGGCGGUGGGUUGGGCACGGCGGGGCGAAAGCGGCUCCCGGCCGGGCAGGGCGCAUCGCCGCCGCCGGGGACCGCCCGAGCCGCGGGACGGAGGGAGCGGCACAGCCCGGCCCGGCCCCUCCGGCGGCGGGCGGGAAGGGGCCGAGGGAAGGCGCACAGACCGCCCCGGCCGCCGGCGGAGCCGCCCUCCCUGCGCUCGGGCGCGCCCACGCGCAGCGCGGCAGCGGCGCUGCCCGGCCCGAGGCUCAGGCGGCGGGGGCCGGACCCCGCCGGGCAGGAGGAGGCGGAGGUGCAGGACCAUGCUCGCCGGGCUGGGGCGGGCGCUGCGCAGCGGCAGGCGGCGGCUCCCGGUGCUGCUGGGCAGGCGGGGUGGCUGCCCGCCGCCCUCGGCGCCUCAGGUGGGACUCUGGAGGCACACCGGAGCUUGGAGGGUCCGGGAAGGAGCACCUUACAGCACGCUGGUGCCAUCUGAUGAAGUAACUAUUAGUUACAGGCAUGGUCUUCCUGUGAUAACUCUUAUGCUGCCCACGAGAGGUGAAAGCUGUCAGUUCACUGUCAAGCCAGUAGUGACCACUGUAGGAGCAUUCCUGCAGGAUGUGCAAAGAGAAGAUAAAGGAAUUGAGAGAGCUGAAGUCUUUGCAACAGAUGGUACCAAGGUCUCUCAUGCAACUUUGAUGGAGAUCUUAUUAAUGAAUGACUUCAAGCUUGUAAUCAACAACACAGCAUACAGUGUGUCACCUCCUGUAAAAGAUAAGCUGAGUAGUGAGCACGCUACUGAAAUGGAAGAUAUCAAAUCUUUGGUUCACAGACUGUUUGUGGCUCUACAUUUAGAAGAUCACCAGAUCAGGAAAGAGAGAGAGUUGCUACAGAAACUGGACCAUCUGAAAGGAGAGCUGCUGCCCCUUGAACAGAUGAAAGCCAGAAUCGUGGACAGUGCAGAUGCGAAAACCUCCAGGCUCUUAUGGGUUGGCCUAGCUCUGAUGUCAACUCAGGGGGGAGCCCUGGCGUGGCUGACGUGGUGGGUCUACUCGUGGGACAUCAUGGAGCCUGUCACCUACUUCAUCACCUACGGCAGUGCCAUGGCUUUCUAUGCCUACUUCGUUCUCACCAAGCAGGACUAUAUUUAUCCUCAAGCUAAGGACAGGCAGUUCCUCCACUACUUCUACCGCAAAUCCAAAAAGCAGCGUUUUAAUGUGGAACGAUACAACAAGCUCAAAGAAGACCUAGCAGAGGCAGAAGAAUCCCUAAGGCGUCUGCGCCAACCUCUGCACCUGAGGCUUCCUAUCCAGGAGAUCAGUGACAAGGACUGACUUUGGUUUGGUGUAUAGUGGAGAAGCCUUUUCAAAGCUGAUAUGAACAUUUAGUUACUCCAUAGCACCUGGGUAUUUUUGACCACUAAAGUUUUAAAAGUUGCAAUAAAUAGCUUUAAAAAUGAUUUCCUCA